AUGGUUGAUGCUCGGCUGCUGAAACCUGCACGGGCCCCUCUGGCUCUGCACAAGCCUUUCAUGGUUGUUUGGAAUGCGCCGACCGAGCAGUGCAGGCUACGGUACAAGGUGGACCUGGAUCUCAGUGUUUUUGACAUUGCAUCCAACACCAAUGAGACUCUGAGUGGGUCCAAUGUGACAAUCUUCUAUCACACUCAUUUGGGAUACUAUCCCUACUACUCAGAUAACGGAGAUCCUGUAAAUGGAGGGGUGCCCCAGAACGAGAGUCUUAUCAAACACCUUAAUAAAGCAAAGUCUGACAUUGACUAUUGCAUACCCAUGAAGAAAUUUCAGGGACUCGCAGUCAUCGACUGGGAAAACUGGAGGCCCCAGUGGGAUAGGAACUGGGGCAAUAAAAGCAUUUAUAGAAAUAAAUCUCUUGAGAUGGUUAGGAGACGGCAUCCUCAGUGGUCAGAGGACAAAAUUAGGAAAGUGGCUAAGGAGGAAUUUGAAAAUGCUGGCAAGAGUUUUAUGAACAACACUAUCCUUCUGGCUGAGCAUAUGAGACCAAACGGUUUGUGGGGUUACUAUCUUUACCCAGACUGCUACAAUUAUGAUUACAAAGAACACCCCCAAACGUACACGGGGAAAUGCCCAGCCAUUGAGUCUUUCCGCAAUGACCUCCUGCUUUGGCUCUGGAAGGAAAGCACUGCUCUCUACCCUUCUAUAUACCUGGAUUAUAUACUGAAGUCGAGUCCAAACGCACUAAAAUUUGUUCACUAUCGGGUUAAGGAGGCAAUACGGGUUGCCUCAAUUGCUAGAAAAGACUAUGUUUUGCCUGUUUUUGUUUACUCCAGACCAUUUUAUGCCUAUACUUUUCAUGUUUUAACACAG